CCCUGCAGCUCCCAAAUGCCAGCAGCUGAUUUCUGUGGUGGUUUGGGCUUUUCUUUCCCUCCCCAGGUGGAUCUGUCACACUUGUCCCCGGAGGAGAGAUGGAGGGUGGAGCACGCACGGAUGCACGCCAAGCACCGCGGGCACGAGGCCAUGCACGCCGAGAUGGUGCUGAUCCUGAUCGCCACGCUGGUGCUGGCACAGCUGCUGCUGGUGCAGUGGAAGCAGCGGCACCCACGCUCCUACAACAUGGUGACCCUCUUCCAGAUGUGGGUGGUACCUCUGUAUUUCACCAUCAAGCUCAACUGGUGGCGGUUCCUGCUGGUCUGGGUGCUGUUCUCAGCAGUCACAGCGUUUGUCACCUUCAGGGCGACACGAAAACCUCUGGUACAGACAACACCCAGGCUGGUUUAUAAAUGGUUUCUCCUCAUCUACAAGAUGAGCUAUGCCACUGGCAUUGUGGGCUACAUGGCUGUCAUGUUCACACUCUUCGGGCUCAAUUUAUUGUUCAGAAUCAAACCAGAGGACGCCAUGGACUUCGGCAUCUCCCUGCUGUUCUACGGGCUGUACUACGGGGUGCUGGAGCGGGACUUCGCCGAGAUGUGUGCUGAUUACAUGGCCUCCACCAUCGGGUUCUACAGUGCCUCUGGGAUGCCCACCAAGCACCUCUCAGACAGUGUCUGUGCAGUCUGUGGCCAGCAGAUCUUCGUGGACGUCAACGAGGAGGGGAUCAUCGAGAACACCUACCGCCUGUCCUGCAACCACGUCUUCCACGAGUUCUGCAUCCGUGGCUGGUGCAUUGUGGGCAAGAAGCAGACGUGUCCCUACUGCAAGGAGAAGGUGGAUCUCAAGAGGAUGUUCAGUAACCCCUGGGAGCGGCCUCAUGUGAUGUACGGGCAGCUGCUGGACUGGCUGCGGUACCUGGUGGCCUGGCAGCCCGUCAUCAUCGGGCUGGUGCAGGGCAUCAACUACAUCCUGGGGCUGGAGUAGCGCGGAGCUCGCCGAGGAGCGUGGCCCGGGGGGCUCCCGGGGCCGCAGCCCCCGCCCGGGCGGCUCCAGGGCAGCGGGGCCGGGGAGGGCUGAGCCCGGGGCUGGGGGCUGGGGGUGGGGGACACACCCCCCCCUUUCGUUUCUCCCGUUUGCUUUUGGGGGGGUUGGGUUGUUUUUAAGGCGAUUUAAUUUAACGAGUGUAGAAGCCGACAGCCUCCACCCCCCCACCCCCAAACCCCCCCGGCCCCUUCCCACAGCCCCCAGGGCCGGGGGCUGCUCUGACCCCCCCAUCCCCAUCCCCACUGCUCGGGGUCACCCUGGCGCCCCUCGGGCCGGACUCUUGGCCACCAGCAGCGGGAGGAAACGACCCCCCACUCCGGCCCCGGGGACCCCCCCUCCCCUUUUUGUACGCUCCCCUCUUUUCUACCUCCCCCCCGCCCCCCCGGGGUGGGCAGCCGGGACCGUCCCGCCGCGCCGGUGCGGGCUGGGGGCGGGGGGCGCCGGGCCGGGCAGCGCUGCCUCCGGCACUGUGCGACGGAAAGGGACAGGGCGAGGGGCAGAAGCCCCCUCCCCGCACCGUGUGUCCCCCCCACGCCGCGCCGCCGCCCCCUCCCCACGCAGCACCGGGACGGGGGGGGGCGGGUUUGGGGCGGGAUGGGGGACGAAGCCCCCCCGAGCCCGCGGCGUUUUGGGGGUGGGGGGUGGUGGUGGGGAGGGGGUGUCCCGGCGCCUCGUGCCCCGCCGCGACCUUUCGGUUUCGUUUCGGGUGAAGCCGCGUCGCGACCGUUUCGUGCCAAACGCAGAAGCGAGCAGAGAACACGGAGAGUCCUGGAAA